CUACCGCCGGGGCGCCGCGCCCAGAGCGCACCCGGAAGCCAGGGAACAUGUGGGUGUUUGGUUACGGGUCCCUGAUCUGGAAGGUGGAUUUCCCCUACCAGGACAGGCUGGUCGGAUACAUCACAGACUACAGCCGGCGCUUCUGGCAAGGUAGCACCGACCACCGAGGAGUCCCGGGCAAGCCUGGAAGAGUUGUGACUCUUGUUGAAGAUCCUGGGGGAUGUGUAUGGGGUGUGGCUUACAAACUUCCAGUAGGAAAAGAAGAAGAAAUAAAAGCAUCCCUUGACUUCAGAGAGAAAGGAGGCUACAGAACCAUAACAGUCGUUUUUUAUCCAAAAGAUCCCACAACAAAACCAUUCAGCGUGUUGCUAUACAUUGGAACGUGUGAUAAUCCUAAUUAUCUUGGUCCCGCACCUCUGGAAGACAUUGCGGAACAAAUUUUUAAUGCAGCUGGUCCAAGUGGAAGAAAUACAGAGUAUCUUUUUGAACUUGCAAAUUCUGUUAGAAGCCUUGUGCCAGAAGAUGCUGAUGAGCACCUUUUCUCUUUGGAAAAAUUAGUAAAAGAACGUUUAGAAGAAAAGUAGAUCCUUGACCACAUAUAAAUUUAGACCUAAUAAUCGGCUUUGCCAAACAAGCAAAGCUUUCCAUCUUUAGAGAGUAACUUCAGUGCACAAUGGCAGUGUGUUUUAGAAAUGUGUUUAUUUGAAGAUACUUUUAAUGUUAAAGUCAAGAUACCAUUUAGCUUUAGAAUUUAAUUGAAAGUGUCCUGCAACACACUUAGAAGAUUAGCAUAUACAGAAAAAAUUUCAGGUUUUAAUAAUAUGAAUUCAUAACUAUGUGAUACUAAACACUUGCUCAUUACAAGUGAGUUCUUUGGAAAUAUACAGAAAAGGACUCAAUUCAGUUUGUGUUUUUAUCAGAAUAAAAAUACUAUUUAGGCUGGGGAUAUAGCUCAGUGGCUUAAGUGCUUGCCAAAGCGCAAUCCCUGGUACCAAAAAAAGAAAGAAAAAAAAUACUAUUUAACAGGCUGGAGAUACAGCUCAGCAAAACAGUACCUCCAAGUUCCUACAUUCAAUUCCUGGUACAAAAAAAAAAAACCUAUUUAUAGAAAAUUUAACCACAAACAUUAAGAUUUAUAACUUCAAGGUUUUUCCUAUAAAAUUUACAAUCAUAGUUUAAGAUUUCAGCCUUGAUUAUGAUUUUCUUAAUGUAUUAAGUCUUUGAAUUUAGGCCAAAAAUUGGUAUUGUUUACUAUAAAAAUUUCCAUAGAAUGAUAAUGUGCUGUAUGCUCCUUUUUUAAUAAAUGCAUUAUACUACAUAGAUAAAACAUUAAAGAGCACAAAUUAAUUAUAUAAAUCAGAUCCAAUAAUGUUAACAUCAUUCUAUUUGUUUUUACCUUCUAUUAAAACUAAAAAGGGAAAAGAUACAAUUUCUGACAAUUACGGGUUAAUGAAACUAAGUCUUAAAAUACAAACUGGCAUUCCUCAAUUUUUAUGGUUUUUUCUUUCUUAUACCUUGUCACCUAAGAGUAUAAACUGUGUUUGUACUAUACUCAACUAGGAAACAAAUACUUAAAAUUAUUAACUCAUGUAGAAUUAGUCUUGAUUCAAGAUAAUCAGUGAUUUCACAAUUGUGAUUUCAAUAGGAAAUAAGCUCCCACUAGAAUUUUUCAAAAUUAAAUCAAUAUCAUGUUAAAUCUUACAUAAAGCUUACUAAAACUCCUGAACCCCAGGUAUGACUAAUAAUUGGUACAAAAGUUUUCAUACAACACUGUCCUAUAUCAUAGAAACACUUGUCCUCCUAUUUUUCUAUUAAUCCCUUCCUUAGUAAUUUACUCAGCUUAUAACCACUAUAUAAAUAUAUUUUCAACAGCUUAAAUAUUCAGUUUCCUAGGAAUCAUUUCACUUGUCUGGUACUAUAGAAAUUACUAAAUGUUUAUUGAUAAAUAUCUCAUAAGGAUGCACUAGUCACUUUACAUACAGAGGCAUAUGUCCCCAUUUUUGGAUAACUCCUUUGAGCUUUCUUCCAUAGUAAUUUGCACUAUUACACAUUUAACAAAUGAUAGAAAUCCAGGUCUCUUUCACUUCAAAGCACAAGAUCCCUCUACAAUAUGCUUCACUGUUUCCACUAUCCUGUGUAACUUGUUACAUAAAGACAUUAUAAGUUACUAGCUAGGUGUUAAGUUUUAGAAAUUCAAUAAAAGUAUGAGUUUACACCCUG